AUUUCAUUUCUGUAAAGUAGACUCCUUACUUGAAUUGCAUUGUAUUUUUUUUUUUCACAUUUUGCAGUGUAAUUUAUAACAAUGAGUGAAGAAAAAUCAGAGGAUAAUACGGCGAGUUUAUCUAGCGCUACGGAGACUUUAAAAAUAGAAGAUAAAGACAAUGGCGACACCGUGAAAUCGGAUAAAGUUAAAAUUGACAUACUAUUGAAAGCAACGGGCAAUGCUCCCAUCAUGAAAAAGAAGAAGUGGGCAGUAGACGCGGAGAAGCCCAUCGGCUGGAUCAUGGAGUUUGUUAAAAAGUACCUGAAGCUGGAACCUGAUGAGAGACUUUUCCUGUAUGUCAACCAGACUUUCGCGCCAUCUCCCGACCAGAUAGUGAAGAACUUGUACGAGUGUUUUGGAACAGACGGUAAACUGGUACUACAUUACUGCAAGAGCCAGGCGUGGGGCUGAAUAUCCUUCCAUCAAUAUCAGAUUUCUAUUUUAAGGUGUGUUUGGAUAAUUCUGAUUGCUUAAAAAUGUGGCAAAUACCGAAAAUCAUUUAUAAUUACAGCCUGGCAUUUUUGCUGUUCUGUAUGGGUAACAGUUAAUGUUGCAAAUUGCAAUGCAUUUAUUUAAUGUCUAAAUUGAAAUGAAACCUUACUUUCUUUAUCAUUGUGAUUAUUUGCAUAAUUGGUAAACAUUCAAUUUAAAUAAAACCAAUCUAAGCUGUAAAUAUUAUUUUUAAGCUGUUUUAUAUGUGAUAUGUAACUUAUAGUCACUAUUGUAAGAAUAUAUGUAAAUCAACA